AAUCCAUACCUCCAAAUUGUCUACGUAUCGAUGUUGAGUCAACGCGACAGCCUCCUCCGCUUCGACCACCCGUGAUAUGACUUAGAAACGGCUCAGACAGCACGCGACAAUGUUGUUGCGACUACAACCAUUGCUGAAAGAAACCGCCUCUGCCAGCUCCGACCCCCCUUCACCUUCCGAGCUCUGUGGCGGACCUUGCCGUCGAUAGUCUUGGAGCAUCUGGCAAUAUGCCUGGCCUGCCUUCCUCGGUCGAUCUUGAUGAAUGCAUAGAAAGCCUGUACAAAAAGAACCUCCUCGCCGAAUCCGUCAUCGAAGCAAUAUGUGCGAAGACCAAAGAGCUGUUGAUGCAAGAGAGUAAUGUGGUACAUGUGCAAGCACCUGUAACAGUGGUUGGGGAUAUACAUGGCCAGUUCUUCGACCUUAUCGAGAUCUUCAAGAUCGGAGGAUGGUGUCCAGAUACGAAUUACCUCUUCCUUGGUGAUUACGUUGACCGGGGCAUGUUCAGCGUCGAAACGAUAUCCCUUCUUGUUUGCCUGAAGCUUCGAUACCCGCACCGCGUGCAUCUGAUACGAGGGAACCAUGAAUCAAGAGGAGUCACCCAAUCAUACGGCUUCUAUACGGAAUGCUCGAGGAAAUACGGGAACGCGAAUGUGUGGCACUACUUUACAGACAUGUUCGACUUCCUCACUUUGAGUGUCGUCAUCAAUGAUCAGAUCUUUUGUGUUCAUGGAGGCCUUUCCCCAUCCAUCCAUUCGAUUGACCAAAUCAAAAUAAUAGAUCGAUUCCGAGAAAUACCCCACGAAGGGCCAAUGGCUGAUCUCGUCUGGUCGGACCCCGAUCCGGACCGGGACGAAUUCUCGCUUUCUCCACGUGGAGCAGGCUAUACCUUUGGUGCACAAGUUGUCAGAAAAUUUCUUGAAGUUAACAGCAUGUCACACAUCCUCCGCGCCCAUCAACUCUGCCAAGAAGGCUACCAAGUCCUCUACGAUGACCGUUUAAGUACCGUAUGGAGCGCCCCGAACUACUGCUACAGAUGUGGAAAUAUGGCAAGUGUGUUGGAGGUCAGUGAUACCGGGGAACGAUUCUUCAAUGUUUUUGCGGCGGCGCCCGAGAACGAUUUACAUAAAGACGUGCAGUCAGGAGGGCAGGAGAAGAUUGCGGAUGGAAGUGCGCUACCCGAUUACUUCUUGUAA